AUGGCAUCCAAGCCGUUCGUGCCAAACGUGUUUUUAAAGUUGAAGAAGUGUAUCGCGGGGUUACGGAAAAACAUAGCAUUCCUGAAGGAGUGUUUACAUCUUGGGCUAACUCCUGUUAGUCAUAAAGUGGUGGCAAAUGAAAAAGUGCCAUCGAAGUUAGUGAAGAAACUCGAAAGUGGUUUCAUAAAAGACUGCUACGCAUUGCAUUUGAAGCUGGCCAGGGACUACCCGAUUGAGUUCCCUGCGUUUCUGACGAAGGUCAAGGUUGCGGAAAAGUGCGAGGAAAGGCGUAAGGAAAGGAUGCUACGGAAUAAGUUGGAGCUACUGAAGGCGAGGCAACCGCCCCGGAACUACGAGAAACCCAGCGUGGCGGUACUGGAUGGUUUUGUGGUGAAUCGAUCGAAGGAAGAGUUAACCGACAAACAGAUCGAUCUACUUAACAAAGGUCUAAACUACGCGGUGUCGAGGAAACCAAGGAUGGACCAGAUAAUCAUCGAUGUAGAGACGGCUAUUAGGUCCAAUAAGCUGUACACUGCCCAGAUGGAUUGCGCCAGAGCCGAAGUGGCAGAUAUAGCGAAAGAACUUAGGAGAAAGGAGGUGUUCUACGUCAAGGCGGACAAGGGAAAUUCGGUGGUCAUCAUGGACAAAACGGAUUACAACGGAUUGAUGCAGGCCAAAAUCGAUGAAGGACCGUAUCGAGUUCGAAGAGAGGACCCACUACCGGAGAUGAUUAAGGAGGUGGAAAAAACGCUGAAGGACUGUGAACCGAUCUUAGGGUUUGAGCCGGUCGCUCUGAAAGUGUCUGCCCCAAUCGUCCCUAGAAUCAAAGGUUAA